AUGCCUGCCUACCACUCCAUCUUCCUCCAAGAACCCGAUGUCCAAACAAUAGGAAACUUCCCCAUCCUCCCGCUGCGCACGCGCACGCGCGGGCCCGCGUACACUCUCCCCGCGCUCCCCGCCGGCUCGUCCGACAGCGACAUCGACCCGGACAGCGAGUCGUACGACUGCCUCGACGAGACCCUCGCGCUGUACCGCGCGAACACGUUCUUCCGCAAUUUCGAGAUCAAGGGCCCCGCCGACCGCAUGCUGAUCUAUGGCAUUCUGUUUAUUAGCGAGUGUCUGGGCAAGGUGAAGCCGGGGAUGGCGGCCAGGGAGGCGGAGAAGGUCUUGAUUAAUACUUCGCUGGAUCAUUUUGCGAUUCCCGGAGAUGCGUCGUUCCCCCUUAACCAGGCCUUUGAACCGCCUCGAGAUCGACAGGAUGCGGAGACGUUAAGACAAUAUAUAUCCCAAGUCCGACAAGAACUGGCUAUCAGAUUACACUCUAGGUUAUAUCCUGGUGGUGAAGGGCCGUCCAAGUGGUGGCUCAGUUUCUCAAAGCGCAAGUUUAUGGGAAAAUCGCUUUAA